GCACGCCGUCCCAUCCGACCAAACUGUCACUUGAAAGUCAUUGGAAAACGUCAAGCCAGAGAUGUCAGAUCACUUCAGCUCUAUUCAAACGUGGCGAACCUCAAGUUUAUUUCACUUGCUAUGCAUCUGACAAGGAGCGAUGCCGCACAGUGUACACGAGCCUUCACUUCGGGAAAGGAUAAUGGUGAUAGCCUGAAAGCUCCAGUAUCAAAUCCUUGGUCGGGAAAGAUGAAAAAGUGGUGCAAAACGUUCUAAGCAUUUACGAACAGCAAUAAUGAGUGGCCAUUCAAUGGCCGCCUCGGUGCACAACUCAGGGCCACAAACCAGCGCUACACCCGCUGGUAGCCAUGGAACGGGCGGUGGUACACAGUCCUCCCAUCAUUCCGCAGCACCGUCGGACGGUGAGAAGCUGUCUGCCCGGAAAGCUCGCAAAGAAGCGGAACGACAGAAGAAACAGGCCAAAAAGUACGAGGAGCAGCUGAAAAAGAUACGCGGUCCGAAAAGCCAAAAGUUGCAAAUUAUCGACGAAAGCUUUCUGGAAAAGUACCGGCACGUGCAAUCGUUACCUCCCGGGCCGACGCUAAAGACGAAGAAACGGUCGAAAAAGGCACCCACCGACGUUGUGCAGAUAAAUCUAUCGGAAUGCAUACGGGAGCAGCUGGCGGUGGGCGAGCGCAUGGAACCAAAGCCAAUCGUACCGAUCGUUCCACAGCAACCGUUGCUGCUACUGCACAAAGGCAAACAACGGGAAGUGCCAAAGGAGAAGAAGCUGUCACGACUGAAGAAGGACAUUAUUCGGAGCCGCACGGAAAAGGGUACUGUUGCUGCUGGUGAACAAACAGCGGGUAAUGGAGGCACAGCACAAAACAGCAGCAGCGGACUGGAAGAGGAAAAGAAUGCCGAAAUCGUUAAAGGUGCCAACGGUGUCGUUAGUAAGCAUGCGAACGAGGGAAACGCACAGCAGAGUGCAGUCGACUCACCAUUCCUCAAAGCGAUCGAACGAUGCUGCAUCAAUGAUGGAUUACCGCCGAGCCGUGAUUCUAGCGAUUAUCACAACGGUUUCCCUUCGCUGAGAGUUUCUGCCGCCGUAUCCAAGCCAACUGCGCUGAGACACUCGCGAAACUUUAGACCGUACUGUGACCAUUUCAUUUCGGACGAAUUGCGCGAUUUGGCGGAGGAUGUAGUAGUAAAGUUGUUUAACUUUCAAACGAAAGCAUACGCCAAAAAUCCCAUCAAAGCAGUCGCUAACAAACGGUUCGUGGUGGGUUUCAACGAGGUGUUGAAGCUGUUGGAGCUACGCAAGGUGCGGCUGGUGCUGAUCGCACCGGAUCUCGAGCCAAACGAAACCAUCGACCAGAUGGUGAGCAACGUGAAGAUGCUCUGCCGCCAGAGCCAGGUACCGUACCUGUUUGCGCUGAAGCGCAGAAAGAUCGGUUUUCAUCUGCUGAAGAAGGCACCGAUCAGUUGCGUCGGAGUGCUGAGCUACGCCGGGUGUGAAGAUACAGUCAAGCAGAUGCUUUCCGUGGUGGAGCAAGAGCGCGAAAGCUACCGUAAUUUGAUGGUCGUAACACCAUGUUGAGUGCGACCCUGGUGACAAUUUCCGUUACAUUCAGCGAAUGUACGGAUGUCCGGUGCUUGGCAGUUAAUUUGGAAGAUAAAAACAUAUUCUAGUCAUUCGACGGGUGUUGCGUGUAGCGCACACUCGAGUCAACACACAAAUAAUCCACGUUCCAUCCCCGUAAGAAAACAAAAAGCAUACUCUCGUCUCUUUACUAACAACAUUUCUAUCAUCUCCUAUUUAAUGUGAGUGUUAUAUCAUCCAUAUGCGCAUUGGCAUAGAAAUGGGGAGAAAGACGAACACAGCCACAGAAAGGUCGUUCGUGUGCGGCAGGGUACACACUUUCUACCAUUACUUGACAUAAUAAACGUGCAAUAAACUCUGUCUAGGAAAUAU